AUGGUGCUGCUGAUUUGCUGGGCUGAUGUUGUGUUUUUGAUUGAUGGGUUGAGGGAUGAUUCCAUGGUUAUGUGGGAGGGAAGGGGUUGUGUUGUGCAACACGUUGAAGAAGGGGCUGAAGAACUUACGGAAGCAAUGAACGUGAAAGUCCUUAUUGGCAUGGAAACAUGGGAAGAAACAACUUUAGUUGCUGACAUUGCAAGCAAAACUCAAAUGCCUAUUAUUUCAUUUGCAUCAGCCACCAUUAUACAACCACUCAUUCCUCAGCGAUGGCCUUUCUUGGUACAAAUGGCUAGCAACGUCAUUGAACAAAUUAGGUGCAUCACAGAUGUGGUUCGCUCAUUCAAUUGGCGAAGAGCCAUAGUAAUCUAUGAGGUCGACUACUAUGGUAGCGAUUAUGGAAUGUUUGCUGCAUUAUCUGAUUCACUGCAAGAUGUUGGCGUGACAAUUGAAUAUCGUUUGGUCCUUCCAUCAUUCUCCUCUCUAGAUGACCCAAAAGCCUUUGUUACUGAAGCAGUUGCAGACCUAUUGAGUAAGCAAUCCAGGGUUUUUAUUGUUCUCCAAUUAUCAUCGUCAAUGAUAGUUCAUUUGUUUAGAGAAGCAAAACAAAUGAGGCUUAUUGGGAGAGAUUCAGCAUGGAUAAUUACCGACCGAUUCGCAAGCCUCCUGGAUUCUGCUAAUACUUCUGUUAUCUCUUCCAUGGAAGGUGCUCUAGGAAUCAAGACAUAUUAUGCUGAAGGCAGUAGGUCAUUUCUAGAUAUUAAGCAACAUUUUCGGCGAGUUUUUCAAUUGGAUUACCCUGAGGAAGAUAACUCGGAGAUGGGUAUUUAUGCCCUUAGAGCCUAUGAUAGCAUUACUGCCAUUACAAAUGCCAUAAAGAGAAUAGGUAAUAGCAGUGAUUGUCCAAGUACAUUACUCAAAAGCAUUCUAUCAAGCAACUUCACUGGUUUAAGUGGUGACAUUCGUUUCCAUGCUGGAGAGCUAGCAGGGUCCUCUUUAUUUAGAAUUGUAAACAUUGUUGGAAAGAGAUACAAAGAGCUUGGCUUCUGGUCAUCGACAUUUGGUUUCUCAAAGAGUCUUGUUAUUGAAGAAAGUGGACAUGAAAAUAUCACUAAUGACAUGGAAGUAUUAUCUGGUUUGGUGAAUUGGCCAGGGGACCUAAAGCGAGUUCCAAAAGGAUUGGCAAUGCCUACUAAUGCAAAGCCUAUGAAGAUUGGAGUUCCAGCCACAUCAUAUUAUCAGAAAUUCGUGAAGGUGGAUUGGGAUGCAGGUUUGAAUAAAUGGAAAUUUUCUGGUUUCUGCAUUGAUCUAUUCUAUGAGGUGCUAAAAAUUUUGGAGCAAAGUUACCCCCUACCUUAUGAAUUAAUACUCCACAACGGCACCUACAAUGAUCUGGUUGAUCAAGUGGCUAACAAGAUUUUCGACGCCGUCAUUGGUGAUAUAACCAUACUGGCCAAUCGAUCAAAAUAUGUGGAAUUUACGCAGCCAUAUGCUGAGUCAAGCUUGGCAAUGAUAGUAUCAGUGAAGCCCCAACGAGGGCAGGCAUGGAUUUUCGUGAAGCCUUUUACCAAGGAAAUGUGGGCUGUGACUAGUGCCAUCUUGAUCUACACUGUGUUCAUAGUUUGGCUUUUGGAACGCCAAUCAAAUCCAGAAUUUGAAGGUCCAUGGCAGAAUCAACUAGGCUCAGUGCUUUGGUUCACUUCCUCCACGCUAUUCUCAGCACAUAGGGAAAAGGUUCAUAACAGUUGCACCCGAAUACUGGUCUUGGUGUGGCUCUUUGUUGUGUUGACCUUAUCCUCAAGCUACACUGCCAAUCUUUCUUCGAUGCUUACUGUCCAACGCCUUCAACCGAAUGUGACAGACAUAGAUUGGCUGAAGAAGAACAAUGCAACAGUUGGUUGCGGUAGAAAUUCAUUUAUAAGAUCGUAUUUGGAGAAUGUGCUUAAAUUCGAUCCUAGGAACAUCAAGACAAUUAGGAGUGAAUAUGACUACCCAGGGGAAUUUGAGAGCGGCAACAUCAGUGCAGCAUUUUUUGACCUCCCUUAUGCACAGAUUUUUUUGAAUUACAACUGCAAGGGAUACACUCUUGCCGAACACAGAGGAGGAGCUGAGCACAAAUUUGGAGGCUUCGGCUUUGUAUUUCCAAAAGGAUCUCCCAUUGCUGUUGAUUUCUCCCAAGCUAUUCUAACUUUAUUAGAGAAUGGAAGGAUAGAACAAUUGCAAACUCAGUGGUUUACUCCUCCUUCCAAGUGCUUGAACUCUCAAACUCCCGACGAGGUUGAUAGCUUGAACUGGCGGAGUUUUUGGGGUCUCUACCUCUUCUCAGCCCUCACUUCCACCACCUGUUAUCUUGUAUUUGCAACUCAAAAGUUGUAUGGACGCCAACCCGAGGCAUACGAUGGGGUUUUAACUUGGAAUUAUAAGAACAUGUUGAAAAAGUUGGUCAGGUCAGUACAAAAUCUUCGUAUCAGGGAGAUAAAACUUCCAGGUACAACUCCAAACAAUACUGUUCAAGCUUUAAAGGUUUCUGAAAGCAGCUCUUCGGGUAGGGCAUGCACAAGUCCUUUAGAGAUUCCAGAGCAAUUUCAAGAAUUGCAUUCGAUUGAAUUAGAAAUUACCAAUCCUAAUGAAGAAGGUAAGUCUUGAUUCCCACUGCGAGUAGUUAGAGAA